AAGAGAACCAGCACAUCUGUAGUUCAUGAACUUGAAGAUGCAAGCAAGCACACAUGCACACCACCACCACUUUGCCAGCUUUCUUUCUUUUCCACUUCUCCAAGAGAAGGAGCCAUGAUCGGUUUAACAUAGGGUGACCAUAUGGAAAGGAGGACAGGGCUCCUGUAUCUUUAACAGUUGUAUUGAAAAGGGAAAUUCAGCAGGUGUCAUUUGUAUAUAUGGAGAACCUGGUGAAAUUCCCUCUUCAUCACAACAGUUAAAGCUGCAGGUGCCCUGCCUUCUUUUAAAUCUGGUCACUCUAGUAUAGCUCCGGCACUUUAACAGGGCAGACGAGGACUGGAUAGCUGGUGAAGUAGAGGACUGCACUUCACAAAGUAGGCCACGUGGCCACCCUAAAAGCCUGAUGGACCAAUGGUCAGACUCUGUAGAAGGCAGCGUCCCUUGUUGCUGUGUUUUGAAGAGAAUCCUCUGGAGAAGGCAACGGACCCCAAGUCCCUCCUCUUCUGACUCGAGUUUCAGCACUUCCAGGAAGAGGAACGCCCCGUCCUGCCUGCAGCAAAGCAAUGCGGAAGAGGAGCAGGCAGCAGAGACGACACUCACCCAGUUUGCAUUGUUCUGGACUUUGCUUGGAGCCAUGGCUGCUGCUGCUGAGAGCCCCAGGAAGAGGCUUCAAGAGGAAGUGACUUGCUCCAUUUGCCUGGACUUUUUCACGGCUCCAGUGAUGCUGGACUGCGGGCACAACUUUUGCCAGGCCUGCAUCGAGAAGUGCUGGAGGAAUUCACCCACAGGAGCCGCCUGUCCUGAGUGCCGAGAGAGAGUUCAGCGGCGGAGCCUGAAGCCCAACAGGCAGCUGGCCAAUAUGGUGGAGAUUGCUAUAGAGAUGAAGGCGGAGCAGGGAAGGUGGAAGGUCUGCGAGACGCACCAGGAGCCCCUGAAGCUCUUCUGCAAGGACGACGAGGCCGCCAUCUGCGUGGUGUGCGACAGGGCCAAGGAGCACCGAGCUCACAACGUGGUUCCCUUGCAGGAGGCUGCCCAGGAGUACAAGGAUCACAUUUGUAGCUGCCUGGAGACUCUGAGGAAGGAGAGAGAGAAAUUUCUGGUAUCUAGAGCAGACGUGGAAAAGGAAAGCCAAGACCUGCUGAAGCAAAUGAAAGCUGAGAAGGAAAAGACAGUGGAGCAGUUCCAACAACUGUACCAGUUUCUGGAAGAACAAGAGAAGCUUCGCCUGGUCCAGAUGACCCAGUUGGAACACGAAAUCGCAUGGAAACGGGAUGAGCACUUGGCCAAGAUCUCGAAGAAGCUCUCUUCGGUGGAAAGAACGAUGCAGGAAAUGGAGGGGAAACGUCAACAGUCAGCGAAUGAACUCCUGCAGGAUAUGAAAGACAACUUGAAGAAGUGUGAGGAGAAUAAGUUUGAGAAAUCUGUGGUUUUCUCCCCUGCACUGAAGUGGAGGAUCCGGGACCAAUCUGAUAUAAACCUCUUUCUAGGGGGUUUCCUGAAGCAGUUCCAAGACACUCUGAUAUCUGGAUUUCAGCUGAAGAAAGCAAAAGUAACUCUGGAUCCAGACACAGCGAAUCCCCGGCUCAUCCUGUCUGCGGGUCAAAAAAGUGCAAGGCUUGGAGAGGAACGUCAAAUUCUGCCCCCAAAUCUGAACAGAUUUGACAGCGUUCCGUUUGUGUUGGGAAGUCAAGGGUUCACAGCAGGCAGACAUUUCUGGGAUGUCAUUGUGGGGAUCGAGGAAAACUGGUCUGUGGGGGUGGCCAGAAAGUCUGUGAGGAGGAAGGGAGAGUUCAUUCCUAGUCCUCAGGAAGGCAUCUGGCAUAUCGGGAAGUGGGAUGGUGAGUACAGGGCCUCCUUUUUCUCACCCAGAUUUCAUUUGUCCCCAAGGGAGGACCCCAAGAGGAUCCGUGUGAGUUUAAACUAUGAAGCGGGAUGGGUGGACUUUCAUGAUGCUGAUACAGCGGCCCUGAUCUUUGCAUACUUAGCAGGCCCGUUCUCUGGGGAGACCCUUCUCCCCUUCUUUAGGGUGUGGGGGAAAGCCCAACUGAUCCUCUCUCCUUAAGCUGGUCAAAGGGUGGGGACAGACGUACAUG